AUGCUUGUGACUGAGGUCGCAUGUAGCGAUGCCAUUCGCCAGGCUCGUGUUACGCGAGUGCAGUCGAGGGGUUUGAAGAUGCUGAAACGGGUGAAUUUGAAAAGAAGCGAAAGUGGUACCCACACUGUCUUCAAGAAGUUUGGUCAGUCGAUUCAUGUGAAGAUAUCAACAACUGAUUUGCCAACCAAAAUGAGCUUUCCCUAUGUGAAGUUUUCAAGUUGGCUGCGUUACAUUGUGGAGUAUGACAACCUUGACUGCUUAGUUGGUACUGGUGACGUUGAGAAAAUGCGCCCAGUGCUCACUACCUUUUGGAAACGGUUUGAAGCCCUGUACCCACACCAUGUCAUAUGCGAUCGUGCUGAAGGUGAUCGAGACUUCCACAGAAGCAUGUGUAUCCCAGUACUCUACCAUGGAGAUGAAGGAAGAGGAUUGAAAAAGAAACAACUUAUGGUGCUGUCUACUCACGGCUGCCUCGGCAAGGGCAAUUCACACUCGAAUUUGGGAAAAACACAAGCUGAACUGGAAAACCCUGAUGGACCCUUACGUGCCAACAUGCUUGGCAAUACAUUCUGCAAUCACUUUUUGCAGUGUGUGAUGCCUAUCAGUUUGUAUGGGGAGGCACCUGAAGCCUUCGAGCAUAUGCUUCAGCUACAAGCCGAUGAAUUUGCAAAACUGUUUUGGGAUGGCAUUGUUAUCCAGAAUCAGCGUUUUUUCAUUGCAUGUGUGGGGAUCAAAGGUGACAGUCCUUUUGUUCAAAAGAGUGGCUUGUUCGAUAGGUCAUUUACCAGGCGGCCGCGUGCCCCAACUUCCAGGACAGCUGCUGUUGGAAUUUGCCAUCGAUGUCUUGCUGGUAAGGAAAACUAUCAGGUCAAUGGGGUUCACAUUGAUGUACCCUAUGAGGAAUUGGGGGUGGAAACACCUAUGUGGAGAGGUACAAUUGGCGUAACGCCACCCUACAGCGCACCCAGCCCUUUGCUGAACAUACCAUAUGAGCGUUCUGGUGAUCAAACUGGUAUGUGGAAGUUUGACCUAUUUCACAGCUUUCAUUCAGGCGUUGGCAAGUAUUUUGCUUCAUCUGUAGUGGUGGUGUGUUUGGAGCUGAUUGAUGCUUCGAUAGAUGAGUCGCUUCGCAUCAUUUCAAGUGAUUUCCUGGAGUACUGCAAAAGAGAGAAAGAAAGCCCAUACCACAAAAAGAUCACGAAAGCAUUACUCGGAAUAGAACAUUCCUUCAAAGAUUGUCCUGAUGGUGGGUGGACCAAAGGUGAUUUCACACGUGUCAUGUGCCAAUGGUUCGACAACUAUGCUUCCAGAAAAGUUGUUGGGAAAACAGCUGAAGCUGCAGUGACGAUCAACCUUUGCCUGGGGAAUCUCUACAGAGAGGGUCUCUUCAUCAGAUCUGCUGACGCUGAACGCAUCGGCAAGCAAGGUUUGUUGUUUCUUCAGCUUUAUGCUGAACUUGCCCAAAUGGCUUUUGAUCGGCGUUUGAAGAGGAUUUUGCGGGUCGCGGAUUUCCCACGACUGCGGCAGCGGAUGAGCCAGGUCGUGUUCAGCAACAUCCAUCGUUUCUUUAUUGGCAACAGCUGGAGCAAUGCUGUAGCUGCAGAGUUGGGGGAAGCUGGUCGGAAAGAUCCGGAACGGGAUGAUCCACCUGUCGCCUGGUUGCGUUGGAAAUCACGUGGGCAAAGACGUGGUCGCCAUGGCCUCUUGAGAUUCUACACCAACAAACCAGCCAAGCCUUCUGCGGCCUUCUUUGAGCCCAAGCAACUCCAGGCACAACUUCCAUUUUCAGACAUGGAGAUCGCGUGGAUUGAAGGGAACGGCACUGACAGGGACGUGGUCUUUGAAAACUUCACUUGGCCGCUAGCUAUGGGCAUGGUGUGGAGAUGUGCGCAUCCCUUCCAAAGAUUUUCGCGCCAUGACCGUAGCGCUGCACACAUCAAUCUCUUGUUCAAUAAUCUCUUCUGGCUUCAGACUAGCGAACUGUCUGCGGAGGCAAGUUCAACGAAGCCCGCAUAUCGUUUCCUUUUGCGACGCAUUGCCUUUUCUCCAGACACCGAAGCACUAGUGACGGGCUUGGAGGCCUUUCAUCCGGAGAUCGGCAAUGGUUCAGCUUUGCUGCACAGCUUUCCCUUGAGCCGUUUCCACCUUGAACUUCUGCGACAACAUGAUCUGUCCACGGUGGACGGUACCGCGGAGCUGCUGAAGAUGCUGCAGAUGGGGGAGCAGCGUUGUAUGGAUCAUCCGCGGGGGUUCAAGGUCAUGAAGCAUUGGAAUUCCAUGAAACGAGUGCGGAAGGAGGCCUUGAAGCAGAAGAUCCCAGAGGAGCUUCUUCCAAUGCCACGCACCAGCUUUGGUAUUGCCAAUAUUUGCCUUUACCUGAAGACUAUGAUGAAAUUGAGGACUGCCCCAUUGGCUCGCGGCAUCCUGGAUCUCUGCGCUGGAAAAGGGGGCUGGAAGUUUUGCCAGGAAACGCAAGUGGGAAAGGAAAAUCUGCCGAAAUGCCCCAGCAGUGAGGCUUUCGACCCGGCUGCGGCCUGGGAGUGCCCCAACUUUCAGAUGCUCUGCGAGGACAGCUUUUGGAGACUUACCUUGGCCCUGAACCAUCACAUUGAUUUGAACCCGUACCUGGGUUUGCCGUGCAGAUUGCCAUACAAGGUUUCUGAAGAAAUCGAAGCAGAUCGAAAGUACCUGUCCAUGGGGAUACUGGAAACUCCACAUGAUUCGCAUCACUUUGACGGUGACGCGGCGGCGAAAGCUGCCCAAGUGUCGAUUCUCUCCAGAGAGAAAUUGGAGGAACGGCAUUUUCAGAUGGAGCUCAACUACCAGCAAGUGUCUCUGGCCACCUGCGAGACCUUCGACCUGACGCAGGUCCUCAGGUGCCACCUGCAGCAGCUGGAGAUCUUGGAGACGCACGGCGCCUCGGACGGACCGCCCUUAAAGGGACGGGGCGAGGUGAUGCUUGGUCCCAUUGGUUUGCCUCAACUUGACAUUGGCCUGGUGCUUGGAGAACUCAGUGUGCCUGGGACGACUUUGAUGCAAGGUGUCCCCGAUGUACUCAUUCACUGCGGAGAUUUUACGAACAACGGUACAGAGGAGGAAUGUCGCGACUUUUGCGAUUGGGCAAAGUCCUUGUCCUUUCCUCACAAGCUGUUGGUUUGCGGCAACCACGAUUUGCCAUGCGACGAGUCGUGGUACCGGGAACAUUGGAAGGAAUGGCAUAGUGAACGCCAGUCUUCCAGCGAGAUCUAUCGGAUGCUUCAAGCAGCUGGUUUCGAGGUUUUACAUGGAACCAGUUGCAGCAUUGCGGGAGUGAAGUUCUAUGGCAGCCCCAUACAGCCUGCGCAGCCAAGCAGUCGGCAACAUGUCAAGAAGACUUUGGUCGGAAGGACAGAAAUGGCGUUCGGACGGAUGCGUGGCGGUCAAGAAUUGAAGGAGGAGUGGAAGAAGAUUCCAAAGGAUGUUGAUGUGCUGAUCACACACACUCCUCCACACCAGAUCAUGGAUGAGACCCAAUAUGCUGGGAAGCGCAAGAAACACAUAGGCUGCGAAAUCUUGCGCCAAGUGCUGUAUGGGAGGCGCGCCCCAGCAGUGCAUGCCUUUGGACAUGUGCAUCCAGGCUAUGGUUCGCUUCAAGAGCCCAAAACGCUCUUCAUCAACUGCGCCAGUGCCACUGAUCGCCGCGGCCAAUCAGGUUCAGUCAAUCUGCCUGUGACCUUUGUCGCGGAGCAAAGAGAAAUAGAGCGAUGCGGUUUCCCAGGUAGCAUUGGAGCGGGCUGGGUGAUUCUUUGUUGGUUUCAAUUUUUGAUAGUUCAGAGCCAUAAUUUAUCAUAA